AUGGCCCUUUCCGUCAUUUGGCUCGUCCUCACAGUUCAGAGUUCUCAAAGCCUCGGGGAGAGAAUAAAGCAGCCCGGCCCCUUAGAACAGGGGGAAGGCAAGCAGUGGCUUGACUACUUGAAGAGUGUUGAUGGCGGUGACAUGUCGGAUGCGAAAGCAGCCGCAACAGCCCUUGAAAUCUUGCAGAAGGCCAAUCAUCCAACAUUGGAAGAGGUCAAGACCUUUUCGAACUUUCUACAAGACGCAGAUUGUGUUGACUGGAUUCCUUCCUACGCUACCAAAUGGGCCCUCGAUAUGCUUGCAACUAAUCAUGGAGCAGCGUCGGAGUUCAAAGCUUGGUCCGACUACUUGGAUGCCUGCUCUGAGGACUGGCCAGCAAAGGAGUGGAUAGCCGGCUUGCUUGCCAAGGUCAACCAUCCGACAGUUGAGGAGUUCAAGUCCUGGUUUGACUACAUCUACAACGUUGUCAACAUCGAGCCUUCCGCGGAUGCAAGAGCCAAAGCCCUUGAAACUCUUGCAAAGGAUCAUCCAAGCUUGGAAGAUGUCAAGACCUGGACGAGCUACUUGCACAGUGAGAACGGUGGGGAUAUGAAGAUGGCAGAUGCCUUCGAUGAAGCCCUUGAUGUUCUUGGAAAGGACAGGCAUCCAAGCCUGAAGGACCUGCGGACCUGGUCCAAGUACUUCCUCCAUCAUUGUGGUGGCUCCUUCUUCCGUAGUUUCGCAACUUCGCAUGCCCUGGAGAUUCUUCUCGCCGAAGAUCAUCCAAACUUUGAAGAGUUCGCGGCUUGGUCAGACUACUUCUGCAAUGAAGGUGACUACGGCUGGGACAAGACCCAGCAGGUAACCCAAAAAACCCUCGAUGUUCUCAAGAAAGAUCAUCCAACCUUUGAGGAGUUCAAGAUCUGGAAAGGUUUGUUGCAUGGUUAUCGUACCGACGACCGCAUUAUUGAAAUGUUGACAAGAGAACCACAUCCAACUGUGGAAGAGUUCAAGGCCUUGUCAAGUUACAUUGGCAACCAGGAAGGUAUGUACGGUGAGGGAGAGGAAGAGGCACUUUCGCUCCUGACUACAGCCCAUCAUCCAAGCUUGGAGCAGGUCAAGGAUUGGAUCAACUACUUUGUCAAUACUAGGGACGACGAAACGAGUCGCUCAUGGGCAGUCAAGAGCGCCAUCCGAUUCCUCCAGAAAGACGGUCAUCCUUCAGAACCGCCCAAGUCAAUACUCGGAAGGUGGACGUUCAAGGCAUGGUGUAAACUGCAUGGAAUUUGA